CGAGGGCUUCAUGUUUUUUACAUACGGUGAGGUGGUUUUUAGCACCUGGCGCUGAUAGCGUUCGACGGUACGCGUCCCCUUGCCCUACUUCAAAAGGGGCAGAAACCGCUGAAGCCGCCCAGCUUCAUCACUCUCUCCCCCAAACGCAACCCACAUCGCCCGUACUAUCUUAUGCACAGACUGUCCAGCGAGCAACUCCGUCUCACCCACCGGCACGCCCUCCGUCUGCAUCUCCACCUUCGCCCUCUCAAUCUCCACCGCCACGCCAUGUCCCCAUCACACCACACAAUCACCCUCAACAACAAACAAGUACCCCUAACCCGCCUCCCCACCGCCACCCACAUCGAUCUCGAAGCCGUGCAACAAUUCCAGCCGUUCCAGGCAUGGACGGCCGCGAUGUCGCGUGAGCUAGCCGGGGAUCCCGAGUCAUCACACCGCCGAUCGUCUUCGCCAUCACGGGGCGAUGCAACCACGAAUGCGCAUGUAGGCGAUCACGUCCAUGUCCGCGGGGUGGAAGUCACAGACGUGGACACGUUCGGCAGCGGGAAGAUUGGGUUUGUCAAGUUCCGGGCCGAUGUGGUUUGGAAAGACGGUGAUGACGCGCAUCCUCCUGCCGCCAAUGCUGAUGAUGGCUGGAAGAAGGAGGCCAAGAUACCCGGGAUAGUCUUCGCGCGCGGUGGGGCUGUUGCCAUCUUGGUUCUCGUGCGGCCUGAGGGCUCAGACAAAAACAAUAAUAGCGAUGACAAGACUACCGAGGAGGAUGAGGAAAGAGUGGUCCUCGUCCUCCAACCGCGCAUCCCGAUCGCCUCCCUCUCCUUCGCCGAACUUCCCGCGGGGAUGCUGGACGGAGACAACAAGUUCGCGGGCACCGCCGCGCGUGAGCUCGAGGAAGAGUGCGGGAUCCGUAUCCAUGAAGACGAGUUGGUCGAUCUCUCCGCGUUGCCGUACACCUCGAACUCGGGAAACCACAUAUCCGACGCCGACGACCUCCGCACCGCGGGAAUCUUCCCCUCACCCGGCGGCUCCGACGAGUUCAUCAAGAUCUACCUAGCUCGCAAAACCCUCUCCCGCGAUGACAUCACACGUUUGGAAGGCCGCGAGGGCGGGUUGAGAGCCUCAGGGGAGCGGAUCACCGUGCGGCUGGUGAGGUUGAGCGAGCUGUGGAGGGCUACGAGGGAUAUGAAGGCGUUUGUGGCGUUGAGUUUGUACGAGAGGGGGAGGAGGGAGGGGUUGGUUUAGUCUGGUGGGGGUGUUUGGAG